AUGAGCGCCAUGUUCUGGGCGCUGGUGGGCGUGCUGCGCCUGGCGCUGGUGCAGUACACGGGCUUCAUCAUCGCCGUGCUGCAGAUGCACUCGUGGUUUGGCUGGAUCCGGUGGAUCAACCCCGCGAAUUUCUCGGCCGAGUCCAAGGAUGGGCGUCGCUGCCUGCUGGAUCAGGUCGGUGGGUGGGUCAAGCCCGGUACGCUAACGGCCCUGAUGGGUGCUUCGGGGGCCGGAAAGGCCACUCUUUUGGAUGUCCUUGCCCAGCGCACAACUGUUGGCGUCGUCACAGGCGACAUGCUCGUUAAUGGAAGCCUAUCGGGUGCCGACCAGCGCUUCACUCAGAUCAGAUAUAUCUGA